GGAAAUACAAAGAAGAAGAAGAAAACCCGGAAAUAAAUGUUAGAAACCUAACCUCCCGUUGACGGAUGUCUAAAAUAACAACGUAAAAUCUUAAACAUUAAAUUAAAAAGCAUCAUCUUCCAUCGUGAAGUGGCAGCAGAGACCAUGAUGGCCUCCAGCUACAAAGACGAGGACGGACACAUCAGUGUGUCCGGUACCGGGGCCGGGGGCGGCUCUCUGCCGAGCAAGAAGCCCGAAAACACCGCCUUCAAGCAGCAGAGGCUCCCCGCCUGGCAGCCGGUCCUCACGGCGGGAACCGUCCUGCCUGCCUUCUUCAUCAUCGGCCUCAUCUUCAUCCCCAUCGGCAUCGGCCUUUACGUCACAUCCAACAACAUCAAGGAGUUCGAGAUCGAUUACACUGGACUGGACCCGUCCAGUCCCUGUUUCAACUGCUCCCAGAACUUCAGCUGGAACAGCACCAAGUCCUGCACCUGUUCCAUCCCGUUCUACCUGGACCUGCCGUACGAAAGCAACGUCUUCAUGUACUACGGCCUGUCCAACUUCUACCAGAACCACCGUCGUUACGUCAAGUCCAGAGACGACAGCCAGCUGAACGGGAACGAGGACUCGCUCAGGAAACCCAGUAAGGAGUGUGAGCCUUAUGGUCGCCAUGACAACCGGCCCAUCGCUCCGUGCGGCGCCAUCGCCAACAGCAUGUUUAACGACACACUGGAGCUGUUCUACAGCGACCCAAACGGCACCAAGACCCAGAUCCCCCUGACCCGGACCGGAAUCGCUUGGUGGACGGAUAAACACGUGAAGUUCAGGAACCCUGGAGGAAACAACGACAAUCUAACGGCUGCUUUUCACGGAACAACGAAGCCCAUAAACUGGCGCCGACCUGUGUACGAGCUGGACUCUGACCCUGAGAACGAUGGAUUCAUCAAUGAGGACUUCAUCGUGUGGAUGAGAACCGCCGCCCUGCCAACGUUCCGCAAGCUUUACCGGAUCAUCCAGAGGAGGAACAGCAUGGUUCCUACCCUACCACGAGGAAACUACACACUGGAGGUGGUUUACAAUUAUCCGGUCCAGAGUUUUGACGGCAGGAAGCGGAUGAUCCUGAGCACAAUCUCCUGGAUGGGGGGGAAAAACCCGUUCCUGGGCAUCGCCUACAUCACUGUGGGCUCUGUCUGUUUCCUGCUGGGGGUGGUCCUGCUCUUUAUCCACCACAAAUAUGACAACCGCAACAACAACCCUGACAUUUCCUCCAACUGACAAGACCCCCAGGACCUGACCUGGACUUGGCUCAGACUCCAGACUCCCACUGGGACUCAGGCCUCUGCAUGCUCUGCUAAACUGCUAAAAUCGUCUCUCGUCCCAGUUUCAUGAGGAAAAUUACUUAUUUCUGUUCGCAGCUUUGAGUAUGGCGCCCCUUCUUGUCUCAACCCGUGGUGUAGACCCCCACCCCCACACACACACACACACAUAUACACAUUUAUCAUCUGAUUGGUUAGAAGUUUGUGGCUGUGUUUGUUUAUGCUGAAUGCAUCCCACAGUGGGAGGGGCUUCACAGGAGCUAUGAAAGGUGUGUGAGAAAACUAACGCCAAACAACCACGUGACCGUACCUCCACUGUUCGUCUUCAGACUACAUAGAAGCUUUAAGAUUGGGUCUAAGGACUCAGGACUCUGGCUGAGAUUUCAACUGUGACUCCAGACUUCAGCCUGGUCUCUGACUCAAUCCCUGAUUGAGACCCGGGCUUUGGAGUCUUUAAACAUCUCAGUUCUGACUGAUUGUUUACUUUUUUAAUGUUUAUUUUGCCAAAAAUGAAAUCAGCCAAAGUUAAGAGUUCAUUUCUUGCAGAAACUUAGUCCUCAAACAGACGAUCCAGAAGAAUCUUUUAAAGAGAUUUAAUGUUUCCUGCAGAACCUGAGUCAGAAGUGAAACACGACUUUAUUCUUACACUUUGAUCUGUAAAGGUUCUGAUCCAGUUCUCAGCUUUUUUUUCUGGCUUCAUCUCGAUUAUUGGAGGUACUAUGAAGACCUGAGAACUGGAUCAGGACUGGACCAGGAGCUUUAAGUAUUUUAGCUGCUAAUAUUUAACAGAAACUAUCAGCAUGUUUGUACUGUACAAAGAUAGGAAAUCACAUGUAAAAUCAGGACCCACAGUAAACUGACUUCACAUGUAAAAUCAGGAAUUAUACAGGACCCACAGUAAACUGACUUCACAUGUAAAAUCAGGAAUUAUACAGGACCCACAGUAAACUGACUUUACAUGUAAAAGCAGGAAUUAUACAGGACCCACAGUAUACUGACUUCACAUGUAAAAACAGGAAUUAUACAGGACCCACAGUAUACUGGUUCUGAUUGUACCAGAAAGUUGUUUCCUGCAGAACCUGAAGUGGGACCGCUGCUCGUCUUUGUGCCUCGUUUGAUCAGAACUUUUGUUUGUGUUGAAAAGUUCUGCAGAACCACAGGAUUCUUCAUUAGUUUUGCUUCCAGAGCUUUAGAUGUUUGAAUGAAGUCAGUAUUUCCACGUCACAGCAGGGGAGGAGAGCAGAUCCUCUUCAGAGAACUUUUUGUUGUUGAUGUUGAUGAUGUUACAGUGAUCUAUGCUCAGCAGCAUGACUGAACUGUAAAUCUGUGUUUCAGUAAAUAUAACUCGGUGUUUAACAGUGACU